GGCAGCAGUAUACAAAAACAAACAACUUAUGAAGUGAGUGCUAGUGCUGAAAACGAGACCUUUAAAAUAAGGCUUUAACUUUAUACGAUUAAAUUUCCGUUCCAUUGAUUUCCGCUGUGUCCUAAUGUUCAUACACUAUAAACACUUCAUUCAAAAUUUGCGCAUCACAAAACUAAGGAAAAUUCCUUACUCUCCCAACAUGAGUUUCAAUGCAGAGAGGCGAUGGGUGAAUCACUAUGCAGGUCCAGAAACACCAGUCAUCACAAUUUCCGAACAAUUCUCAAAAUUUGAAGGAGGGAAGAUAGAGUUGGUGAAAGACAAUGAAAGUGGACUUGCCAUUCUAAAAAUCAACCAUCCAGAAAGACGAAAUGCUCUCAGUGGUAGUAUGAUGGUUGACCUGUGGAAUGCAGUAAACGCAUUAGAAGAUUGGAAAGCUGGCAAAGGGAUAAUUUUACAUUCUGUUGGAGAAACAUUUUGUUCUGGGGGAGAUUUAAAUACUGUUCGCCAAAUCUCUAAUCCUGAUGAUGGCUACAAGAUGGCCACUCUAAUGCACAACACUUUGACACGCCUGCACCAGUUGCCUUUGAUUUCAGUGGCCCUAAUUCAAGGCAAAGCUCUUGGUGGAGGAGCCGAACUAGCAACAUCCUGUGAUUUCCGAUUGUUCACUGAAAAAGGGGAAAUCGGUUUCGUUCAAGGAAGAAUGGGCGUAGUCACCGGAUGGGGAGGUGGCACGAGACUAGUCCAGCUUUUGGGUCAACACCGAGCGCUGGAAUUGCUACUAACCUCACGUCAGAUAUCGGCUUCGGAAGCUGUAGUCAUGGGUCUCGCGAAUGGCAUCACAAAAUCUGUUGAAUUGCCAGAAGCCGUCGAAGAGGCUAAACAGUGGUUGCAGUCUAAAUUGAAACACGCGCCAGAGAUCGUUCACGCACUGAAGCAAAUCGUCGCGACCGCCCGUGCAGUACCUUAUGAAGAGUCUCUGAAAAACGAGCGACAAGUUUUUGCCAUGCUUUGGGGAGGAGAUGCCAACAAGAAAGCGCUAGAGCAGAACAUCAAGCACAAAUAAUUCCGAAAUCGAAUUCAUUUAGUUUGUGCGAUCUCACCAAAUUGCCAAAUGCAUUAGGGGGGAAAUUAGACUGGUUUUCACCUAAACAAAAUCGAAUGUAUAGACCAAGUGAUGAUCAACAUCGACGACGACAUCGACCACCGAGCUGAGGUACUUGGAGAACCUGAAAUUCAUUUUUUUGUUUUCAAAUAAUUGAUAUUAGAUUUACCUAAUUAAAUAACUACGUAUACAAACGGGUCUUUUCAAAAAUAAACCAUUUACCUUGA